AUGCAGACCUCAAAGACGGCAGCGGACGCGCUGCAAGGCGAGAUGGCUUCGAUGAAAGCUGUUAUGGCCAAGCUUGAGGCUCAGUAUGAUGAACAAGAAGGACGCGCGCGAAACCGGUAUGAAGAGAUCAUGAAGUCCGUUUCUAGUGGCCACGAAAGGUCCAGUGAAUUGGACACCAGAAUGAAGCUGGCAAUGGAGCGUAUUGUUGGAAGUGAGCGGUUGUGCGAGAAGCUUCGAAAGGCCGACGCCGACCUUGAAACACAAUUUCGACAGCUUAAGGGCCACAUUGGCGACGAGUCGCAGCAGCAGCAUCAAGCAGCAGCAACGAUACCGUCAUCAAGCGAUUCAUCCCAAAGUGAUACGCAGCAAACUCCAAGAGCUAGCAAAGGUCCUGUGGAGUUCAAGAUGACUCCACAACUGAAUGAUGUGACUUGGGAGGUCGACAACACCGCUGGGUGGCACGAUGACGGUGAUGCUGAGGGCACGAAGACGCGCCCGCAGAUUGGCGUCACCUCUUCUCCACCUGGAUUGCCGAAACACAUGCGGAAGGCCGUCGAAGUUCCGCAGUCUUCCUGGAAGUUAUUGAAAGACAUGCCCAAGCUGAACGCUAGUGCAGCCGAGGCAUGGGAGAGAGGAGUAGCUUUCAGGCAGUGGACUACUGAGAUGGCAGCGAUUGCAGAGGCCAUUCACCCCUCUUUUGCUGAAUAUUUCAGAAACAAGUUGGAUGAAGGGCGAACCCGAUACGAGAAGCGCUUGGAGCAGGGUUUUGACGAGCCACCUUCGGCUGUUAGGGAAGAUGAAGACCCAUGCCUUACAUUGGAUGGCAUUAGCGUGGCCGCUCUUCUUGAGGCCAUCUAUGAGCAGAUGACGCCUGGGGGAGUCAGGGAGAAGAAUUCCCUGCUCCAGUACUUGAGAUCGCCUCCGGCAUCAAACACUGGGGAAGAGCUCACUGCUACUCUCAGGCGUUACCGUCUUGCCCAGCAACGAGCCAGACAUCUUGAUAUUCCGCAGCAAGCGGCCCAUGAAACCGUUGCAGCACUUGAUGCGAUGGUCAAACCGCUCGAACGCAAGCAUCAACCUCUUAGCGUUCGCCUCGGAAUACUCAGGUUGCAAUCCAACAUUAAGAUUCCCACCGUCGACGGCGUGGAAUUGUAUCUCAAAAUCUUGGAGGCCGAAGCCAUCAAGUUACAAGCAGAGGACAUUUCCAAGCCAAAGAACGCCAAGGCAGACUCCGAGGAGCACUACAUCCCCAAUGCAAAUCAAGCCGCAGCUGGAGGCAAGGGCGGAUCGAGAAUUUGUGCCUACUUCAACACGGCCAGAGGUUGUUUGAUGGGCGCUGAGUGCGAGUUUCGCCAUGAGCCCGUGGGAGCAGGAAAGGGCGCAAAGGGAAGUGAGAAGGCGGCGGGAAGGCUGGCGAGCCGCCAAAGCGGCAGCGAAAGCAGCAGCGGCAGCGACAUCGUCCACUUCGGCCACGGCACCCACCAUCUUCGAGGAUCCUAUUCCACUUUUGGCAAGAGCAUCUCCAAACGCCUCUUCAUCGGACUAUGCCCCACGAGCCUCCGUGAGAACGCAGAGUCUGAAGUCGACUUUGAGGAGGAGACUGAGGUGAUCAGCUUGGUGGGAGCGGAUCCUGCCGACGAUGAGGGCCUAAAUAGUGAUGACAAUCAUGGCGUUUCGGAUGUUGAGGGGAUUCAGACGCAUGCAGAAGCUAGCACCCCAGAGUGGUCGGAUGUGGAGCAAGGACAGUUUCCCAGCCCGGCUACCACGCCACGUUCGGACAGCGAGGUUGAGUUAAUUGGUGUUAGGGAACCUCCUGCCCCGCUUUGGGUUUUGAACUUGACGCUGAGCGAGUAUGUAGCAUGGACGCGCCGAGGACACGUACAAUCGUAUGCCCACAGCCCUUUUGAGCAGGAGACCAACCCAAAUUCCAUCAUGUGGCCCACGUGGUGGACCAUAGCAGCUGAUCAACUGAGCGACGACGAAGAUGGUACAAUUCGUGUGGUGGAUGAGGUGUGCAUGCUACGAUGUACGGUGACCAUGGUUCUGUUCGAGGACGGGAUCAUCAGACCAGUUUUCGUGGUAUGGCUUCUUGAAAAGGUGUCCGGAAGAGAGAGAAUGGCAGCUUUGAUCCGAGAACAAUCCAAGCCCGUCAUUCGGCCUUGGCCUGCAGAGGAGUUGAGCAAGGCGGCUCCGCCAAAGGCGAAAGGAUGGGCCAAGGCAAAGAUGCCUACUGCGCCAACCCCUAAAAGUACCCUUGGUGAUGCUGCAUAUGCUUACACGCACGUGGAGAAGGCUUCGUAUCUUCACCUGGAUACAUUUCAGGGCCCACCAAUACUUUGGAGCUGGCGCAGACGGUUGCAUCAGAAGCAUUUCCCAAAGCAUCCACAGCAGUUCCCAAAGCAGCCACAGCAGUUCCCAAGGCAGUCCCUAAAGCAGGUAGCGAGGUUUCCCAACGGAGUCCUUCAACGGCCAUGCGGCGCAUAUGCGAGGAGGAGAGCAUAG